AAGCGCAGUUGCGUUUGGUGAGGGUACCUGGCAGCUCUGGUAGCAGUAGCAGACAACCGUCGGGCCGGUUCUUAUCAACAAAAUACCUUGGUGGAUUUAAAUUAUCCAUCCUGGCUGUUUCCCACUACACAAUUCCGAAUUUGUAGCAUCAGGGACAGCCCUGAUAAGUGUUGGGCAGGAGGUGGAGUUGAGCAGAGACCGCAGUUCUGCUUUCGUUGCUAACACCAUUGGCUUUGAGUACAACAGUACUCGCCAUUCAUGAAGACAGAACCAUCCCUUCGCAUUCGAGGUGGCAGAGGUGGUAGCGACACACCAGGACCUGACAUAGGUGAGGGAGUGAUUGCCAUGACUACGACAGGAGCUCAGUACGCGCUGGCAGCAUCCGCUGGGGCAGGUAAUGGCGGAGGUGUCUCGGCGGCAGUGGGGGUGGACACCAAGCCCAACGUCGUCACUCUCACUACGACCUCCACUGGCAACAGCAGCACUUGCCAAGCGCAGCCCACGCGAGGCCAGCAAGUCAUCACCGUCGUCACGAGUCCAGACCCGUCGAGCCCCAACAGUCUCCAACCCAUUCAGCUGCUGGUCCAGGACACGCUCGACUCCACGGCAGACUCUUCGAAUGGUUCCUCGAGCACUCCAGCGCACGUGACGGCUCAAGUGGUGGUCAACACGGCGCACACUGGACAGCACACUCUCGUGGACCCUGACGUCACCUCCACUUCAGCGGGCACGAUCGUUAGUGGCUCGCCGCACUACAUCACUGUUACAGUGGCUGGAGGUCCCGAAGCAGUGGGGUCCGACUCAGUCUCUCACCCAACCUAUGUACAAUAUGUCGAAGAAGAUGGAUCCGCGUAUAUUCCGGCUAAUGGACAGAUGACAUAUCCUGUGUACGCCGUGGGCGAGGCAGGCACAAUGUACACACCAUCCUCCAGUCAGUAUUUCACGUCCACUACGACGCCAGUCACUUACGCUCAGGUUCAGGGUUCAAACACAGGGCAGCUAUUGUCACAAGGGAACGGCGCUUAUCUUAUACAGCAGAGUGUCGUGGAUGGAGAUGCCGCGACUCACGCGCUCAUUUCUGCCGCGGCGGCUCGUUCCAGCCCACAAACCGACAGCGCGGAGGCAGUGGUUAGCGGUGGUGGAGGGGCAUACUUGAUCAGCGGCAAUACAGGGGGCGCGACAGUCAGCGUGGAAGAGGCCGCCGCCGCCGCCGCGAAUAUGACACACGCUACUAGAGUCUCCCAGGCCACCGUAAGCCAUAUCGACUCCCCAUUUGUGCAAUGGUUGUUAGAAAAUUACGAAACUUCAGACGGUGUCUCUCUUCCAAGAUCAACGCUUUACAAUCAUUACCUUCGCCAUUGCUCGGAUAAUAAAUUAGAUCCUGUAAAUGCAGCGAGCUUUGGAAAAUUAAUUCGAUCAGUAUUUUUAGGUUUAAGGACACGACGUUUGGGAACGCGCGGAAACUCCAAGUACCACUAUUACGGCAUUCGAGUGAAGCCCAAUUCGCCACUGAUCCUGUUGAAUGAAGACGGAACUUCUCGGCAGCAAGCAACUUCAAACUCCCAGGCGAAGAGAUUCAAGUUUGUGAAUCAGAAGCAAGACCCAACGUACGACGCCAAUACACACUCCAAUACGAAUAUUUCUUCUCACAAUUCUCCGCCCCAGUAUCAGCAGUACCUCGGAGAAGGGGGCAAUGCGAUCCCAGAGUUUCCGGAAAUCAUAGUAGGUCACGGGUCGUCUCUACCCGAAGAUUGCACUCUGGAGGACAUCGACACAUUCCGCAGUAUUUACAGAGAGCACUGUGAGGCCUUUCUGGACGCCGUUCUCAACUUUGAAUUCGCCACAAUCGAGAGUUUGUGGAGGGAGUUCUGGCGCAGUCAGGACAAUAACAAUGGCGAUGAGUGUGAAGAAGAAAAGUAUUUGUCAAAGACUAAGCUCUACCAGAUGUGCAAGUGUUCCGAAGUACAAGAUUUCAUCAGACAAGUGGAUUACAACUUUUACCAAAACCUAGUUGAAGUUCUCAUGCCCGAUGUUUUGCGACCUAUUCCCAGUUCAUUAACUCAAUCCAUAAGAAACUUUGCCAAAGGUCUCGAAUCGUGGUUGACGUCAGCAAUGAAUGAUUGUCCUCAAGAGAUGAUGCACAUAAAGUUGACUGCUGUGUCUGCGUUUGCGCAAACACUGAGGCGAUACACUUCUUUGAAUCAUCUAGCCCAAGCUGCAAGAGCUGUUCUUCAGAAUACUAGUCAAAUUAAUCAAAUGUUAACAGAUUUAAAUCGAGUAGAUUUCCACAAUGUUCAAGAGCAGGCUUCGUGGGUGUGCCAGUGUGACUACACAGUUGUUCAACGUUUAGAAACUGAUUUUAAAGUAACACUUCAACAGCAAAACUCGUUGGAACAGUGGGCGGUAUGGUUGAAGGGAGUGGUCACUCAAGUUCUCAAACCUUACGAGGGAAAACCAACUUUUGCUAAAGCUGCCCGUCAAUUUCUCCUCAAGUGGUCAUUUUACAGUUCAAUGGUUAUACGUGAUCUCACAUUAAGAAGCGCUGCCAGUUUCGGGUCUUUUCACCUUAUUCGCUUGCUGUAUGAUGAGUACAUGUUUUUCCUAAUUGAACAUCAGGUUGCUGUGGCUACAGGAACAACUCCCAUUGCCGUCAUGGGUGACAAAAAUCAAGGUCCACCUGUUUUCUAUACUUUUGGGACGGCUCCAAAUGGAGAGUCAAGUCCAUCUAAGCGCAUGAAGAUGAGCUAACUGCACUGCGGAAUAGUCAGAAGUUGUUAGAAGUGAAGGAGCUCACAAAAAUCGAACAGGCCUACUAUACUUAUACAUACAUAUGCUAGUCUAGUAAGUUAAUAUUUUAUAUAAAAGUGGAUAAUUUAUUGUAACUCUAUGAGGGUUACAUACAAUAACAGCCUAUUUAAAAUAGGCUCUUUCGGUCAAGUUUAAGAAAAAGAAUUGAAAAUUCUUUCCUCAUUUUUUAACGAUCGAAUGUUAUAUACGAGGACAAAUGAUUUUGCAAUAGAUCCAAUCAAGUUGUUCAUUAGCGUAUGAAGUGAACCACAAAUUAAAUUUAUGUACAUACACGGGACCAUGUCCAACACACACUCUACUCUUUAUACAUAACAUAUGCAACUAUUCUCAGUUUCUAGAGUUCUUCACCAAUUACAUACCUUUUUUCACGUUUCACAACCAUUUCGUGUUUUUACUUUUCUAAUAAACAUGAGUUCACCUUGUAAAAAGUAUUCUUUAAAGCGUUAAAGGUUGCAAAGUGAUUGAAAAAUAAAACGAGAGUAAUGUGAAUUUUCACGUAAUGUAAAAGUGUACUUGUCUUGUUUCGAAGAGGACGUAAUUAUCUGAGCUUAUUUUUGUAAGUGAAAAGUAAUGCAGAAAGAUAUAUAGAUUCGUUUUUAUAAAUUA